AUGUCGUCCUUCGACUCCGUCGCUGCCAUCGUCGGCGACGACGACGCGCUCACACAUUCUCCCUUCGACCCUGCAUCCCUUGGCAUCUCCGACGGCUACAAUGCCGAGGGCGGCCGGGGCCACGGCAUGCAUCGCGGCCACCGCUUCGCCACGUCCUACUCCUCCUUCGGCACCGCCCUCUCCGAGGACGACCUUGCCGGGAUCCCGGGCGAGGGGUUUGGCGGCGGGUACGGCGGCUACACCAUGGCGCCGGACUCCAACGGUGCUAGUAGCUACGGCUACAUCGGGGUCGAGGAAGUGCUGAUGGGUAGCCUGCUCCACGGCGGCAUCGGUGGCAGCAUCGACGACGACGUGUUCGUCGGGGCUGGCGACGACGGUGCCGUCCUGCCGCCGCCCGAGGCCAUGAGAGAGGAGGGCAUCCUCCGGCGUGAGUGGCGCCGCCAAAACAGGUUGAGUCUGGAGGAGAAGGAGCGCAAGGAGAGGGAGCGGCGGGGCGAGAUCAUCGCGGAGGCGGAGGAGUUCAAGAAAUCCUUGCUCGAGAGGCGCAAGCUCCAUUGCCAGACCAAGCGGACACACAACAGAGACAAAGAGAAGGUGUUCAUGGCGAACCAGGAGAAGUUCCACAAGGAGGCGGACAAGCAGUACUGGAGGGCGAUCGCGGAGCUGGUGCCGCACGAGAUCCCGGGGCUGGAGAAGCGGGGCGCCGCCGGCGGCAGGAGGAAGAAGGAGCUGGAGAAGAAGCCCAACAUCGUGGUGGUGCAGGGACCCAAGCCGGGCAAGCCCACCGACCUCUCCAGGAUGCGCCAGGCCCUCGCGAGGCUCAAGCAGAACCCGCCGCCGCACAUGGUGCCGCCGCCCCCGCAGCCGGCCAAGGAGGAAAAGAAGGACGGCGACAAGGAGGCCAAGAAGGACGAUGACAAGGACCCAAAGCAGGUGGAGGAGAAGAAAGACGGUGAGAAAGCAGCUGGGGAGGGCGACAAGAAGAAGAAGGCCAGUGCCGGCGGGAAUGCUGCAACAGGUGGUGGCAAUACUGCUGCCGCCGCUCCCCCGGCGGAUAAGGCACCUGAACCACCGGCGGCGAAGAAGUGA